UUUUCCGUAGCACGCCUGCAUUUUUCCUCCAGCAACGUGCAGUGCACAAAGCUCUAUCAACCAUGGCUUCAGACGAACCAAAGGCCAAGAAACACAAACUUUCAGAGGAUGAAGAUGAGAAAGAUGUGUCUCCUUCAAAAAAGGCAUCUUCAAAACUAAGUCCAAAUUCAUUAUUUGGUAUGGGAAAUCCUUUACUGGACAUCUGUGCUGUAGUGGACAAGGACUUCUUGGACAAAUACUCACUGAAGCCUAAUGAUCAGAUCCUGGCUGAUGACAAGCACAAAGCACUAUUUGAGGAGUUGGUGAAGAAAUUCAAGGCUGAAUAUCAUGCAGGUGGAGCUACACAGAACUCUAUUAAGGUUGCUCAGUGGAUGAUCCAGGAACCUCAUAAAGUGGGCACUUUCUUUGGCUGCAUUGGCAAAGACAAGUUUGGGGAGAUCCUGAAACAGAAAGCUGAGGAGGCCCACAUUGAUGCUCAUUACUACGAGCAGAGUGAGGAGCCCACAGGAACAUGUGCUGCGUGCAUCACUGGUGAUAACAGGUCUCUGAUUGCGCACCUUGCUGCUGCUAACUGUUACAAAAAGGAUAAACAUCUUGACUUGGAGGAGAACUGGAAGUUAGUGGAAAAGGCCAAAGUCUACUACAUUGCUGGUUUCUUCUUAACGGUUUCUGUGGAGUCUAUGUUGAAAGGCAAACAUGCCUCUGAAAACAACAAAACAUUUUGUUUAAACCUAUCUGCGCCGUUCAUCAGCCAGUUCUUCAAAGAUAACCUCAUGCAGGUUAUGCCAUAUGUAGACGUACUCUUCGGCAAUGAGACGGAAGCGACUGCAUUUGCUAAAGAGAUGGAAUUUGAGACCAAAGACUUAAAGGAGAUUGCUAAGAAAGCCCAAGCUCUGCCAAAAGUCAGCAAGGAAAGACCAAGGAUUGUUGUGUUCACUCAAGGAAAGGAUGAUACUAUCAUGGCCUUAAGUGAAAAGAUAGACACAUAUCCUGUGAUAAAAGUUGACCCUAAAGACCUUGUGGAUACAAAUGGGGCUGGUGAUGCUUUUGUGGGAGGUUUCUUAUCAGAGCUGGUUCAAGAGAAGCCUCUGGAUCAAUGUGUGAAAGCUGCUCACUACGCUGCCAAUGUCAUCAUCCAACGUGCUGGCUGCACCUUCCCAGAAAAACCCAACUUCAGCUGAAACCUCCCCUGGCUGUACUCACUGAUUUGCCUGCAGCCAGAACUUGUCCCAUUUUUAAUGUAAUCUCUGCUCCGAAACACGUAUAACCUCAAUCUAUCCAGAUCACUUUCUACAAACCAAGAACAGAACCUUUUUGAUUCCUUUUUCAUCCACUGGAGGUCAGUAGAGUGUUACAGAGCAAAUUCUUCCCAGUGUCAGAAGCAUACAAGUGAAAUGCACACAUUUUGUUUUUAAAUGAUUUUUCCUCAAACAAAGAAAGACCACAUUUGAAUGAACAUUUGGACACCACAAAACAAUCAAACUGACUAAACCUACAGCAUGACUGUAUCUGAAUCUGGUUUUUUUUAACAGAGCUCAGUGUUCAAAAUGGGACUAUUGAAAGGCAGCUUGGUAUUAUAUUAGGCAGCAUUACUGUCAAUUAAUUCCUGAAUACAUUUCCGUCAUACAUAAUGCAAAUUUUAAAGUCACAAUUACACAUACCCAAGCAGUAUUAAGUCACAAUUUGUAGGUACUAAAACAUUUGGUAGCCAAACAUGAAUUGUGCCUUUUCCAGAUUUGAGUAGUUGUUAGUUAAGGUUAAGGAUAUUAUUCAUUUUCUUGAAGUCUAGAGCAGUGAUGGGCAAUCAUCACGUUCUUGUUUUUAUAGUAGUCCAAUAGUGAAUCUAGCAUGUAACUUAAUUGUAACACUGUAUUUGUCAAAGAAUGACCUUUUGCAAAUUUCUGUGAAUGCUUGUACAGUUAAAUUCAUUAGUCUUCUGUCCUAAGGCACUUUUGCCCAUCUCUGUACUAGACCACCGGCAAAUAAAACUUAAUCAGAA